CUGUUGCGCUCGGUCACUCUUUCCAAAGGAGAAAAACACACUGAGAAUUCGCUUUUUUUGGCUACUAUGAGGGAAUCCUGUGCUCUUUAAAAGGACUAUAAGAAUAUUAAAGUACUGUUGGCACUAAAUCUCAAAUAUCGUUUCGCUUGUGAUGCCCGCUGGGAUGUUUAGUAUCGACAGCAUCUUGGCAGGGAGACCCAGCUGCAAGGACUCGGUUCUGCUCCAUCGGAAUGCUCCGGUUGUGUUCUCCAACUUGACGGAAUCCUUGUACACAGCAGCCGGCGAUUUUAACGGACUGUAUUCACACACCGGACCUCCAGCUCCUAACUUACAGUCGGUAAAUGGAACCAGGAUAGGCUACAACAACUACUACUAUGGACAACUUCAUGUCCAGGGGCCGACUGGACCCGCUUGCUGUGGCGCAAUACCAACUCUCGGCUCGCAACAGUACCCGUGUAUUCCUACAGGCUACGACAGCACCGGUUCAGUACUUAUUUCUCCAGUCCCACAUCAGAUGAUGUCGUACAUGAACGUGGGCACCUUGUCCAGAACCGAACUACAGCUCCUCAACCAGUUACACUGUCGGCGCAAGAGACGACACCGAACCAUUUUCACCGACGAGCAACUGGAGGCACUGGAGAACCUUUUUCAAGAAACCAAAUACCCUGAUGUUGGCACGCGAGAGCAACUGGCACGAAAGGUGCACCUACGCGAAGAGAAAGUAGAGGUUUGGUUCAAAAACAGACGAGCAAAAUGGAGAAGACAGAAAAGGUCGUCAUCAGAGGAAUCAGAAAACUCACAGAAAUGGAACAAAACCACGAAAACAACCACAGAGAAAAUCGAGGAGGGCAAAAGUGACGUGGAUUCUGACAGCUGAUAGACAGAACAUGAGACGGGGAAAUCUUGCACAAAUAUGAGUCGGACUUUAUGUACAUAUUGUAAAGUGGCAUGUGAGUAGGAGUGUAAAUGUGUUGUCAUGCUGUUGCACAGAUGUAUAGUAAAUGUUACCUUUAACAAUUAUAUUGUUAUUUAUAUUAAUUUAAAUUUACACAGACAAAACAAGGUGGAUUCUGGCCAUAGUAAUAUUAUCUGAUAUAUACUGAAACCUAUUUUUAAUUUUUAUUUUUUAAGUCUUGUCAUAAGAUAUACCUAAAUAAGAUCUUUUGGAAUGGACUGUAACUAAAGAGAAUUAUACAAUGGCAGGACGAUUAAUUUGGACAUUGAUAAAAUCAACGUUUAAUGUCGCUUGAAAAAAAACAAAAAACAAGCAAAUAUUAAAGUAAUAUCUGAAAAUGUUUGAUUUUUCGUCUUUAUUUAAAAUGUUGCAUAUAUUCUGCACUUAAAUUAAUUUAGUCCUUUUAGGAUUUGAUGAUUAUCAGCAUUUUUGAACCGAGGAAAUUUGUAAUUUAGGUGUUAUAAUUUACCGUGAAUACAUUUUCAUUAAAUGUAGAGAUCCCAUAAUUUGUGAACUCGAGAAUUCUCUCUUUAUUCUAUAUUACCCCGCUGUAAUUUGGCACUAGCCUAGGUAAAUAAUAAAUAACACACUGAUUGGGAACAAGUUUAUUAGAAAAUGUUCUUUCACAUGACAGGAUGUCUAAUUUUUUUAUCUCUAGAUAAGUUCAAAAUCCAAAUCAUUACGCCAGAUAAAUAGCCUUGAUGGAUUGUUAUAUUUCUACAAUUAGGCCACAUAAGGCCAUGCUGAUCUAAUAACCACUACAGGAAAGACACGAAGUAGUUUCCUUGUGCAAAGCACGAAAUCAAACUGUUCUUUUAAAUGAACCAAACAGAACUACUUUUUUAUUUUAAGAAUUUCCCUCUUGGAUAUUUAUAUUACAUAAAUAAUUCACACGAUAAAAAAAAAAAGUUGUAAAGUGACAUUUAUUCGCGACACAACUGAGAAAAAGAAAGAAAUAGCCUACAUACACAUAGGCAUAGCCAAUAUCCUCUAUAGUCAGUUAUUGUCCCUGGUGUUCAACGAUGAGUAUUAUCCCAUAAUAAACUGUUGUGAUUUAAAUGAAUGAAUUAAGCUAGCAUAAUAGUUUGUUUUAUAUUUAAAAUAUGGAUGAUUAAAAAAUAAAUUUGUUUCACGCCAAACAACAACAACAACAAAAAAAAUGUUUACGAUAGCCUAAUAGAUGAUUUUUAGGCAAGUUUUGACGAACAAGUGGCGGCAUUAGGUUCCAUUAUUUUACCGAAAUGUCUCUCGCUUCUGUCCAAUGGCACUUGCUUUUUACAUUUCUAUGUCGAGAUAACAUUCAAAUCAACCAAUAAUGUUCAAAAUGUUGUCAUUGCCUUUUUAUGUUUUCAUAAUAAUAAUAAUAAUAAUAAUAAUAAUAUGUUAUUAUUAUUUUAUUACUAUUAAAAUGUAUUUUUCUGCCCCAAAACAAGCUAACGAUUUCCAGAAGUCAAAAUUCAUUAACCAAACAAGCAUUUCAGUUUCUUUGCUCUCUCAUGCUAAUGGUCCAUAACAUUUAUCCACAUGAUGGUGCGCAAGAGGAAUUAUAUGAAAACUACAAAUGUAGAAGUGUGUGUUUUCCUGUGUGUGAGGAAUGGACAGGGAUAAUGCAUACAUUUAUAAAUGAAUAAUCACAGCUUAGUCUCUUUUAAAGGUAUAAGCUACUUAAAUAUAAUUUGUGGGGCUGGAAACAUGCCAGUGUCUUGCCAGUAAGAGCAGUCUUUUUUGGUUAUAUUGAAAAUGUUCUCUUGAUGAAAUGCAGAUCUUGAGCCUUGAAGAGCAACAGUGUGAGCUAAAUAUUUAUUUGUGUUUAUGCGCUUAUCCAUUUGGGCCAUUUAUCCUCGAAAAUAAACAGCCAUACCCAGUCUGUGAGUAUAUUGACUCAGGACAGCAUGUUUUUCCAUACAUGAAGUUAGAUGCUUUUUACUAAAAACUCCAGCCAUGGAAGACAUUGGUGGUUUCUUAACAAUUUGUUAUUCCUUCACAGUAAAUAGUUAGUGUGUAUAGUAAGUGAUUUUAAAAUUACAGUCCACCUCUCUGUAUACCUUGAGUCUUUAGUCCCCCCCCCUCUCUAUUUUUUAAACAGCACACCAUUCUAAAACCACACUGAAAAAAUAAUACUAUUAAACGUCUUCGGUGACUUUUUAAACACAGAUUAAAGUAGGGUAGUCCAUGUACUUAAAUAUUUGGCAAUAAAACAAACCAAGAAACAAAGCAUGUUGCACUAAUAAUCCUUCACAUGUCUAGUGUGAUUUAUAAAGUGUUUCUUCACUGAGUGCCAGUGAGAUAUACAAAGCAGUCCAUUAAUCUCUGCUUUUCAUAAGGCUGUAAUUUAGUACAAAAAUGUAAUACACACUUUUUUUUUUUUUUUUUU